AUGGGUGAAGAAGUGAUUAAAGUCUUAACGGUACAAAGAAAUAGUCAUUUCAACACUAAUUUAAAUGACAUGAACAUAUAUGGAACAGUUGAAAAGAUGGAGAACAACACUUAUAUAUCAGGUUCUAGUCGUCAGUCUUCAAGUACCCAAACACUAACGGAAUUUGGCGAUCCUGGACAAGAAAGGGUGUCCUAUGUCAGAUCAGAUUAUUCCAAUUACCAAGGACAACCAAAUGAAAAGAAGACAAUCACCCAAGAACCGAAGAGCGUAUGGAGUUCAAAUACUUUUCUUUCUGGCAACAAUUUUGACAGUGCUCCUGAUAAGAACGUACGGUAUGGAUACGCAGAGGAGAGCAAUCAAGUUUAUAAAUUACAAAGCGGUAAUAACCAGACCCAACCGAAUAAUAUAGGACUAAAACUGGUAUCUAUAUUGACAAACAGCAAUCAAGCCAGCGGAGGUAAGGCACAUGAUAAAUGCGGUAUAAAAACCGCAAGAGGGCAUUCAGCCAAACAAGGUAUGGUAAAGAGUUAUAGUUACCAACUUAUAUGGUAA